AUGCCACACUUUUACGACUCUUUCCCGCCUCAUCUUCAAGAAUGGGCACUUGAACAGUCCGUCUUCUUUACAGCCUCUGCGCCCACCUACGGACGGCACAUCAAUCUCUCCCCGAAAGGCGUACCGUCCAGCACUCUCGCCAUCUUUGACGAAAAUCAUGCCGCUUACUUGGACCUCACCGGCUCCGGGACGGAGACAAUCUCACACAUCUACGAGAAUGGACGGCUCACAAUUAUGUUUUGCAGCUUCUCAAGCAAGCCUCGCAUUCUGCGACUCUUCUGCACCGGGCGGGUAGUGGAGCAUGAUCAUCCGGCCUUCCAAGAAACCAUAGCUGCUAUGAAACUCGCGGAGAUUCCAGGAACAAGAGCGGUAGUGUUGUUGGACAUCUGGAAGGUUCAAACCUCUUGCGGCUAUGCGGUGCCUGUCGUCGAGAGCAGCGACUUGGGUGAGACUGAGAAAGCGAUAGAGCCAGGGGCGGUAGAGAAAGGAGAGCUCAAGCAGGCGUCCCGUAGGGGAUUCGACGACAGGCAUAUGCUCGAGAAAUGGAUGGUCAACAAAAUCGAAAAGAAAGCACUUGGCGAGUAUCGGAUCAAAUGGAACAGCCGGAGUCUGGACGGACUGCCCGGGUUGCGGGCAGCUCGCCGGAUGAAAGGCGAAAGCGUGUGGAUUGGGGAUGCUCGUGCUCGCGCAUACAAUGCUCUCUACCAUCCGAUGGCCGUGAUGUUGGGCAUGAUUCUGGGCGUCGUUCUAACUUUGGCUGUCUUGCAGUCAUCAUCGUCUGGUACUCUCAACGUGGACAAGACGCUUGCAACGCUGUACUUAGUGCUUCGUCGCCUGUCAUUGAUGGUGGAAAGAAGUUGGACUGUCGUUUCCGAAGGGUUCGGAAGAUAG